CGGAGGGUCCCUGAGGGCCACCUCCGGCGCUGACUAGAGAAGCGGAUGCAGAACAUCGAGGCCUAUGUGAACAUUCCUUAAAAUACUUAAGCUCGAGAAUCUCAGAGCGGAAGCUGCAGAGUGUGUGGCUGCCUACUGGCCGGGGGAGUCUGGAGAAACCAUUCCUGGGGCCUCGGGGCUCCAUGGUGCCCAUGUUCAGCCCCCAGAGUGGCCUUCACCCUGUCCACACUGAAAGCAGCCCACUGAAGCCCAGGGUCGUGACUGUGGUCAAGCUGGGCGGGCACCCCCUGCGCAAGAUCACACUGCUUCUCAACAGGCGGUCCGUGCAGACCUUUGAGCAGCUCUUGGCUGAUGUCUCUGAGGCUCUGGGCUUUCCCAGAUGGAAGAGUGACCGCGUGAGGAAGCUGUUCAACCUCAAGGGCAGGGAAAUCAGGAGCGUGUCUGAUUUCUUCCGGGAAGGGGAUGCUUUCAUAGCCAUGGGCAAAGAACCUCUGACUCUGAAGAACAUCCAAGUGGCUUUAGAGGAACUGUACCCCAACAAAGCCCGGGCCCUGUCCUCCUUGACCCAGCACAGCCAGGUCCCCUCUCCAAGGCUGAGAAGCAGGCUUUACAGCAAGGCUCUGAAAGGGGGUCACCACUGCGGGGAGACUGAGACCAGCAAGAGCUGCCAUGAAGCAACAAGGUCCCAGGCCACCAUCAGACCUCAGGGGAAGACCCCCCUCGAGGACAGGGCGAAGGUCCAGAAGAAAUGGGUGAGGGGGAAGUGGGAGCCUGAACCAAGCAACAAGGUGCCCAGGGAUGCCACUCUGGAGAGGCAUGCCAGCGGAGAGAAGCACCUGGGGGUGGAGAUCGAAAAGACGUCAGGGGAGAUUGUCAGGUGCGAGCAGUGUAAGCGAGAGCGAGAGCUCCAGCAGAGCCAGCAGAGGGAGCGACUCUCCCUGGGCGCCAGCGAGCUGGACCUGGGCAGGUGCUCCCGAUAUGAGGUGGAGAGGCUGGUGAGAACCAGGAGCUGCAGGAGGUCCCCCGAGGAGAAGCCCCAGGGUGGGGAGGAAGGCUGGAGGGAAGGCCACAGGAGCAGUCCUGGGUGCCCGGCCCAGGAGUCCAGGAGACCCAGCAAAAGCGCCGACAGGAAAGAGGACCGAGAUCCUGGAGGCCAAGAAGGUCAUCCCCCCGCCUCAGCCAAGACCAAGAGGGACGCGGGGGAGGUUCAGCCCGGCGGAGAGGAGAAGGACGGCAGGAAUGCAGGCAGGAGCAAGCAGGGAGGCUGGCUCUUCAGGGAGCGUCAUGCCAACCUCGACCCGGAGAAGCUCUCCAGGACCCGAGGGGACGAACAGGAGGCGGAGAAGGAGAAAAAGCCAGGCGUGUCCGGAGGGAGGAAGACGGCCCCCCGAGACGAGCCUCCGGCCAGUGUAGAAAAGGAGCCCAAGACGAAGCCGGAGGAGAGCAAGACAGAGCGGUCGCUGGGCAGGAGGCGGCGGCCGGCGGGCAUCCUGGCGACAGACGUGAGGAAGGAGUACGAGACCGGCCGCGUGAUCGGGGACGGAAACUUCGCAGUAGUGAAGGAGUGCCGGCACCGUGGAACCCGACAGCCCUACGCUAUGAAAAUCAUCGAUAAGUCCAAGCUCAAGGGCAAAGAGGACAUGGUGGACAGCGAGAUCCUGAUCAUCCAGAGCCUCUCUCAUCCCAACAUCGUAAAACUGCACGAAGUGUACGAAACGGAAACGGAGAUCUACCUGAUCAUGGAGUACGUGCAGGGAGGCGACCUCUUCGAUGCCAUCAUAGAAAGUGUGAAGUUCCCGGAGCGCGACGCCGCCCUCAUGCUCAUGGACCUGUGCAAGGCACUCGUCCACAUGCACGACAAGAGCAUUGUCCACCGGGAUCUCAAGCCGGAAAACCUGCUGGUUCAGCGAAAUGAGGACAAAUCUACCACCUUGAAACUGGCGGAUUUUGGUCUCGCAAAACAUGUGGUGAGACCUAUAUUUACUGUGUGUGGGACUCCAACUUAUGUGGCUCCUGAAAUUCUUUCUGAGAAAGGUUACGGGCUGGAGGUGGACAUGUGGGCUGCAGGUGUCAUCCUCUACAUCCUCCUUUGUGGCUUCCCUCCGUUCCGCAGCCCGGAGAGGGACCAGGAUGAGCUGUUUCACAUCAUCCAGCUGGGCCACUUCGAGUUCCUGGCUCCUUACUGGGACAAUAUCUCUGAUGCUGCCAAAGAUCUGGUAAGCCGUUUGCUGGUGGUAGAUCCCAAAAAGCGCUACACGGCCCACCAGGUCCUUCAGCACCCCUGGAUUGAAACUGCUGGAAAGACCGGCAGGGUGAACCUCCAAAAAGAGGUGCCCCCCAGCAGCGAGGGCCACCCCCGGAACCAGCACUCGCGGGCUACAGAACAGACGGCAUAGUCACAGCCUCGGUGUCUGCUCAGCCCUUGCUUCUGCUCGGGGACACAGAAGAGGGUAGAAGUCAAGGAGAAAACAGUGAAAAAGACCUCCUCACAUAAUUGGAGAGUCAAGGGGAGGAGAGAAGACAGUAUAUUUUAAAGCAUAUUUUAAAAAAUAAAUUUGAGUCUUAAUGUUACAUGUUGUCACACAUUUUUAGGUUUGUAUAUUUCGGGGUGGGGGGGUGAGACUUGUUCUUUGUGAGGAAUUUUUGGUAAUGAUGUUUUGCUUCCUCCUUGUAAUUGAGUUCCUGGUAUAUUACAUGAGUGGUGCUUACCAGGGUCUAAACUCCUGCUGUGAUAUUAAUACAGUGAAUCGUGGUCCUUCUGUGUUAAUAAAAUGUACUCUAGAUGACUUCA